AUGUACUGCCUCUGCCGAUCGGCGAGAACCAUCACCGUGCGGAUCGUGCUGCUGGACGAGACGGAAUUUCUUCACGAACUGCAGGAUGACCUGCCCGGGCAAGCGUUGCUGGACGUGGUGUUCGCCCGGCUAAACCUGAUAGAGACGGCCUACUUUGGGAUUCGUUACAUCGACCAAGACGGCCAAACGCACUGGCUGGAUCCGUCGGCCAGACUAUCGCGGCAGCUGAAGGGCGGCAAGGUUCCUCCGUAUGACCUCUACUUUGGCGUCAAGUUCUACGCCUGCGAUCCCUGCAAGCUGGUCGAAGAAAUUACUCGAUACCAGCUGUAUUUGCAAGUUAAACAGGACAUCCUCCAAGGGCGAUUGCCGGUGUCGUUCGAGCUUGCGGCCGAACUGGGGGCGUACGUCGUGCAAGCCGAGCUGGGCGACUACGAUCCACGGAAGCAUCCGCUCGGGUACGUGUCGGAGUUCCGGCUGCUAAACAACCAAACGAAGGAGAUCGAAUGUCGUAUCCACGAGCUGCACAUCCAGCUCGCCGGCAUGUCGCCGUCGCAGGCCGAGUUCAACUACCUGGACAAAGUCAAGUGGCACGACAUGUACGGUGUCGACCUUCAUCCGGUGCUGGGCGAGGACAGUGUCGAGUACUUCCUCGGUCUCACUCCGGGCGGCAUCGUGGUGCUGCGCAACAAGACCACCGUGGCCCACUACUACUGGCCCCGGAUAGCGAAGGUGUACUACAAGGGGCGCUACUUUAUGCUUCGCGUCUGUGAUAAAAAUAAUGAGGUUAGUACGUACGGUUUCGAGACACCAAAAAAGAGUGCGUGCAAGCACCUGUGGAAGUGCUGCGUGGAGCAUCACUCGUUCUUCCGCCUGGUGCGGGUCGCACCGAUGCAGGCCACGGGGACGCUCGGCAGCAAGUACGGCGGCCGCUCGGAACGCCAGCCCAUGAAGGAUAUUCCGGGACAGCAGCGGAUCGCACCGCCGUUCACCAGGACGCCAUCGCGCAGACAACCGCGCCGGACGAUGGUCGAUGUGCAGCCGGUGGAGGAGAAACUGUUUGACGCACCGAAGUACAUUCAGCAGGAAAUCAAAUCCAUCUCAAUACCUCAACCGGCCCAAUCAUUUGACAGUCCGUAUCGCUCUACUUGCAGCAUACCGGCCGCACUGAACGGUAUCGCUGGCACGGGCGGCAAGUGCCAGGGCGCGGUACAGCCGCCGGACUCACCGCGCAGUACCCGCAGUGCCCCCUGGAUGCGGUCGCAGCAGCGGGGCCUGUUCGGGAUCAACUCGAGCCCCAAAUCGGUGCGCUCGGCAUCGACGAGGAUGAGUGCGCCGGCCAACAACGCCCGAAUGCGCUCCAGCUCGGUCGAGAGCCACUCGUCGAACGAGUCGCGGUCGGGCCGUAGGCGCCGGCAACGUAGCCGCCGGGUGUCGGACAACGAGAGCGAAAUGAGCCGUGGCUCGGGACGCUCGGGCAGGUCACAUAACUCACACCGAAAGCACCGGCGGCACCGGUCCAAGAACCGUCGCAAUCGGUCCGACACGGAAAGCCGCGAUCGGAGCUGUUCCGGGCACCGGCGGUCCACGGACUCGAUCGAGCUGGUCGACUCGGGCGAACAGUGGCUGGAGGUGCAGCGCAAGCAGCACUCGGAUGCGGUCCCGAAGGCGGCCGUCAUCAAGAGCAGCCAGGUGAUGAAGGGAACGCACCCGGACUCGGGCAUCGUCCAGCAUCACCAGCGGAGCCGGCGGCACCGGAAGCACCGGUCGCCCUCGGAGAAGAUAUGGUCCAGUGAGCUGACGAAGCACCUGCAGUUCGAUCUGGUCGAUACGACCGGCAUGACGGAGGACCAGCUGCGCGAGAUUCCGUACACGGUGGUCGAGACGAACCAUGCGGCCAAGAAACCGAACACGCUCAAGGUACACAAGACUAGUCACCACUCGACGACAUCGCUUUCGAGCCACCACCAUCAUCACCACCAUCCGCAGCAGCAGCAGCAGCAACAGCAGCCGCAGCAGCAGCAGUAUCAGCCGCCCCAACACCUGCCGCCACCGCCGCAACAGCAGCAGCAUCAUCAUCAUCAGUAUCAGCAACCGCCACAGCAGCAGCAGCAGCACACGGUCGGCAACAAUCGGAUUGACCGGAUAAGGGAGUACCCGAAGGGCGGUGAUACUAGCAGUCUGGUGGAGAACGGCGUAAACGGGGGUUCGAUACGAUCGGCCAGUACGAUCAGCUCGUCCAGGGAGUACGACCGCAACUCGGGUCUCAUCAGAAUGAUGUCCAGUAUGAGCAUGGGUGACUUUAUCUCGCCGACCGGCUCGAGCCUGAGCCCGCUCGACAGCUCGGGGCUGCGGGUAUCGCACGAGCACACCGAUUCCGGACUGGGAGCCGAUCAGGACUACGCGUACUCGUCGGAAAGGUCCAGCGACAGUGCAAAGUACGGUACGAACAAAUCGUCCGGAGCAUCCGUCACGUCCGGGCACACGAAGUCGUCGUCGUCGAACAACAUGAAGUCGCAUCACCACACAGUGAGUAGUCGGAAACCGCCGCUCUGUCCCGGUCGGUCUGGGGCAGGACCAUUACCACCGGUUACUUCUGCCAUCACACAGCAGCCGCUGCUUCAACAGCAGCAGCAGCAGCACCAGCAGCAGUCUCCGCUGCAACCACCACCACCUCACCCGAGCAAAUUCUCAUCGGUACCGGGUGUACAUAGUGCCAACGGCAGUAACAGUCGCUUGAUUAACACCAGUAACACUCACUACCAAAACAAUCAUUACACGUUUAGUCUAACCCGAAACCCCACCCAGACCCACCAUCAACAUCAGCAUCCGUCCCAGCAGCAGCAGCAACAACGGCACCUCGGUCCCGGUCCACCACUCGGUAGUAGUCUCGGUAAUGGGUUAAGCACUAGCACCUACCUGGACGCGACGCUGGCCACGCUCGCGUCGUCUGCCGCCGCACCCUAUCACUACUACUUCGACGGGACCGGCUUCCGGUCGAACGUGGGCCCGUCCGGAAGCGGGUACCACCAGCCGGUGACGGUGGGCGCCGGUAGUAUCCGUGGCACCAAGUCCGACAUCGGUGUCUCGGUACGGCCGAAGCGCCACUAUCACCAGCAACACCUCCAGCAGCAGCAGCAACACCACCACCUGCCGUACAUCAGCAGUGUGCAUCGGCCGGUGGCGGCGAGCAGUGAGCGGAAGCGACGACUCGGGGCAUCGUCGUCGCUCGGCAAAUCGAUCGACUACCUGGAAAACUAUAAGACUGGCGUUGAGCGGCUCAACCAGAGCAACAACAACCACAACAGCACGGACGUUGCCGGUGUGGGUAGCGGCAGUCCGGAAGCUUUCACCGGACUGCUCGCCACCGGAGGUAGCCAGAACGUGCUCAAUAACAAUCACUGCCCGUCGCCACCGGGGCCGGAACCGUCCGCUGGUGGCUAUUUCGAUGCCAAUCGCAACCAGAAUGGUGACGGCAGUAACGCGCGAACGCCGGGAGGCGCUAGUGAGAAUGGCAACCGGCACUCGGAGGCAGGCGUUGCGUCGCCCACCACCACCACCAGCAGCCCGUCGUACGGCCAGAACGUAGGGCCGGCCAAGGGCGCGGCUGCGACGGUCGGCCGGGGACUUUCGGCCGGUUCCGGUCCCGGGACCUGGUUCGGUGUCGGUAAGCACAGCAACCACCGUUCGUCCAGCUUAGAGCUGAUACUAACACCUAUCAUACAGAGCCGACGGGCUCAGUAA